GAACCGCGUAACAGAGUACUCGUAUCGUACAAUUAAAAAUCUUCUCGGUUAUUCUUCUUCUUCUGGAAUCUCUUGCUCAAUCAUAUUCGAUGUACUACCUCUUCUGAUGUCACAAGGGACAUGAUUUACAAUGCAAUUAAUAUUAGAUCUUGAACCCACUACAGACAUUAAGAGAAACAUGUCAAAUCUAGAUCAAGAAUCUCUGAUUGAAAAACUUGACAAUGUUAUACAGGAUCUUAAAGAUGGUUUUUGUAACAAUGGUAACAAAGAAAAUAUACAGACACAGGGCAAUGUGAUAGUUGAUGAUGAUAAAUCUAAUGGUAACAACAUUGUUUUAACACAAUCACCAUUAAGCAAUGAUAGCACAGAUACAAAAGAUGUAUCACAAAUUGCUGAGGAAAAAUCUAGUAUUAUGGAUGACAAAUUAGAAAAUGAAGAAGAAUCGAAAUCUGUUAUUACAAAGGAAAAUAAUGAUUCCAACAGUGAAAGUAAUGAAAUACUUCUCGAAAAGGAAACCAAAAUACAUGCAAAUGAGAAAGAAAAUUUAGUUAUUAAUGAGACAUUAGAAGAUAAACCAGUAGAGCAUGUAAAUAAAGAACAAGUGGUAAAUAAUUCCGAAAAUUAUGAAUCCACAAACAUUGAACUGGAUGAUGCAAAUGUAAUUGAAAGAUGCCCUGCAGAAGACAAUGUACCUAUUGUUGAUGAGCAAUUAAAUAAUUCACAAAAUGAGCAAAUAACGAAAAAUGAUAGUAAUGAUGAAUUAUCUCCGGAAGAUAAAGUAAAUAAAAUUGUAUCUGAUGACGAAAAAUUACCUGAAGUAGAAGAUGUAGAUGUAACUAUUGAUAAGGAAAUGGCAGUUAUUUUAAAAGAACAUGAAACAAAUAAGGAAAUACCAUCAGAUGACUAUGAAGUAAGUAAAAUAGCAUCAGAUAGUUCUAAAAUAAUGGAAGGAAAUACUGUAGAAGCCAAUCCAUCAUCUAUCGAAAAAUUAGAGGACACAGUAACAAAUCAAAUAGAUAACGAAAAAAACAAUAAAAUACUUUCAAAAAGUAAAGAUAAUCUAAUUGUGUUGGACGAUAAAAAAAAUAUUGAACAAAAAUGGCUAGGAGAGAACAGAACAAAUGUUGAUAAAAAAGUGGAGUGCGAGUUAAAAGAGCAUAUAAACAAUAAAUCAAGAGAUAAAAUAUCCUUAGACAGUAAUAAGGAAAAUAAAAUUGAAUUGGAAGGCGAGAAACAGAUUGAAAGAGAGAAUACAGAAGGCAGUGAAAGUAUAAAAACAGUCACUACUAACUGUGAAAAUCCUGAAAAACAAAAUGAUUCUUAUAUGGAAAUAGAUAGUGAAAAUGAGAACGAUAAUAAAAUUGCAUCUGAUGAAAAGAGAAAUGAAGAAUUUGUAAUGGAAAUUAACAACGUGCUUAGUACACAAACUUGUGAUAAAGAUAUUGAAGUAAUUUGUACAGAUAAAAGAAAACAGAGUAUGGAAAAUGUAGAAAUCAAGAAUAAUAGUAUUAAAAAGAAACAAUUAAAUGAUGUGUCAGAUACAGAAAUUGAGGAAUCAAAUAUAGUCAGUAAUUUAGGGCAAGAUACAUCAAAUGUGGAUGAAAUUGAUCUUGUAAAGACUCCUGAGCCAACAAUAAUUAAAAAACAAAGGGAACCAAUGGAGGAAACUAGUACUAGGUCAUCAAUAUUGAAGUUAUCGAAUACCCUUAAUAUCCUAUCGGAUGAAGAGGAUGACCCUCCUGAAAUAACAGAACAAAAUAAUAUUGGGGGAAUUUCUACUGAAAAACAGUGCAUUAAUAUUGAUGAUGAUGAUGACAUUAUGCUAAUAGAUGAAGAUAUAAAUAGUAAAGAAAUCAAAAAUGAAACAAUAAAACCUGCAAUAAUAAUGGCUCAAGUUAAAGUAAACUCUGAUUUUCAUGACACAUUGAAUAAAUCUGAAUUGGAAAAAACAUGUUCUUCUGAAACUAUAAUAACAGAACAUGAACCUAUUGAGAAUUUGGAAGAGAAAAAAACUGAAGACAUUAGUCAACAACAAGGUUCUGAAAAAACUAGCAAUAUUACUGAAGUUGUAGAUAACCCCGACGAAGAUAAACCCCUAGUUCCAGAUAAUUUUCUAAAGUCAUAUAAAAAAAGCUUAAGUGAUAUGACAAGAGAGGACUUAGAAGAAUUUUGUGUAUUAAAAAUUGUUGAAAGCAUUGUAGACAGAAGUAACUUAAGUGAAAUUAAAGUAAAAUUAAAAUCAUUGGCUCAAAAUGUAGAAGAGUAUAAAAAAAAGGCUAUGAUGUUAACAAAACAAAAUCGUGAUCUUCAAUUAGUAUUAAAAUCUGUUCAAGAAGAACAAAAGAAACGAGAGGACACUGUUAUAACACCCUUAAAAAUAACGCGGUCAGUUGGUAUGCAAGUUUUAAUGACGGAAAAACCAGGCAUUAAAAGAAAACCGCUUCCCUCAUCAGCAGCAACUCCUAAUAAUAGUAACAGCCCUAACACCAGAUCAAGCCGACCUCCCGGUUUAAGUCCAAGAACUAUAAAACCCAUUCCACCUCUACAAAUACCUGUCCCAAGACUUGUGCCAGCUUCAAACAGCACUGUCAUGAAAACCCCUGUACCUAUAUCCCAGGGUACAUCAAAAGUUCCGGUACCUCCAUUGAACGGUAUUAAAAAUUCUCCACCAGCACAAAAAGCUGAGAAACGGCCACAUAACAAAGUACAAAUGUCAGUUACUGUAGACUUGACUGAUGAUGAGCCACCAUCUAAAAUACCAACUAGAAAUUCUCCAGCACCACCAGUACGAUUGGUGCCAUCUCAAAAUCUUAUGGCUCCACAAAGACAACAGUUGUCUCAAAACACUCCUAGGAAAGUAUAUAUACCCAUUAGUGGUCCACAAGGGAACCUUAGACCAGGCCAGACAAUCAUGCUAAAGUCAGCGCCAACACAAAAUCUAAGACCAAGGACUCCAACACCUCAGUUAGCAAGAAUGCCACAUAACCAAGUUAGGAUGUCCAGAGUACAAAGCAAGCAUCCAGCUCCUCUCCCUGAUGCUAUGAAGCAAUACCAGCCUCCGCAUUGGAAGUCUUUGCCGCCAGCGCCUGAUCUCAAAUUAUCGAAAGUGGAGAAUGGAAUAGUAAUAUCAUGGAAAAUUGAAGGUUAUUUAGAAGAUAGUUAUGAAGACAUUGCUAGUUAUCAACUAUAUGCCUAUCAAGAAACUUCAUCGCCUCCUAGUUCUGCAUUAUGGAAAAAAAUUGGUGAUGUCAAAGCACUUCCUUUACCAAUGGCGUGUACCUUAACUCAGUUUAUGGCAGGUUUCAAAUACUAUUUUGCUGUAAGGGCUGUUGACAUUAGAUCUCGUCUAGGUCCUUUUAGUAUACCGGGAAGUAUACUUCUCUUGAAUAAAAUGUAAGACUGAUGUUUUUUUAUUAUAAUUGACUGGUUAAUAUGGGUGCCUACAAUGUUAUACAUUGUGGCGUAAAUGUAGGAUGCAAGUGAGAAAUUAUAAUUUAGUUAUUUAUUUUAUAUUGUGUACAGAGCAUGAUUCUCAUAGUUGUAUUUUAUGACUUAAGUCUUAUUUUUAAUUAUUGCUGUUGUAAAAAUUGUUCAUUAUCCGUGCAAAUAUGAUAAUGACAUGUUAGAUACCUACAUAGCAAGAAAAUGUAAAUAGCUAGCUGAAUUAGAAAAUUUAAAGUAGGUAAUCACAUGGAUAAUUCUAUUAGUAAAAAGAAGUUUGUAUAAUCUUUCGAUAGAAUCAGACCCGAUUGAUUACAAGACAAAUCAAUGUUAUUUUAAAUAUAGACUGAUUGGACAAAACGUUAUUUUAUAUUUUUAUAACAGUUACAAUAAUAGUAUGCGUUGAUACGUAUUUUUCUUCAGUUCAUAUAUACUUCAGAUUACCAAAAAAUAAAAUAUAUCCAGUAACUGUCAUUUGGUAAAUUUUAAAUAAAAAGUGACUAUUACAUUUA